AUGUCCACGGAUACGAUGUACCUCAACAGCUCGCGGCGGCUGCCUGCAGCUGGAAAGAACAAGUCCAGCCAACUGCAGAAGCCUGAGAAAAAACAGACAAGGAGCACUCGAAAGAACCGGACCCGGCAGGAGGCCUCAGCAGCUGAAGUGUUACCAAAGCCGCAGACACUGCCCAACGGCGAAAAGCCUGACUUUGGCAACUCUAGCAAGAAGCAGUACGGCAGGAAGAACCACGAGAGCUCCAGCGCCCCGAGGCCGUACGAAGCUCGCGAGAGCGCACAGAAAAAGAACCGCAGCAAAGACAGCAGCCCUAGUCACGUGGACACCACGCCGGCGAAAUCUCCGAGCGUUCUUGAGCGUUCGGCCGUGCGCCAGCUGACGCCGCAGUCAGUGGCUAACGCAUCACCUGUGGUAUCACCGCUGCCGCUUUCGAUGGCCGCGCCGCUGACAAUCUCGCCGCUUCCCCACCAACCCGGACUUUAUCAACAACAACAUCAGCAGAAUCAGUUUCAGCAGAACCAGUACCAGCAACAUCAGCAGUUCAACGCAGGCUAUCCUUAUCACCAUCCUCAGUUUUCCUCGUUGCCGCUACCUGCGGGCGCACACCAACCCAAUUAUGCCCUGUCUACAGGUGCCAUGCCUUACUUUACGUCGCCCCAGGCCCCUCUUAUGGGCCUUCCGGCACAGCAGGCUCCUCCUUUCUUUGGUAUGCCUCACCCACCGCCACCUGUGACGAUAAUGCCCGGUCAUUUCCCUCAUACCCCGCCAUCUCUCAACAACGUUCCUCCACCUCAGAUGUUUCAACAGACUUUCUCACCUGCUUCUGCGCCAACUUCUAUUUCAAGCUCAACGGAAUGCAGCGGGCCUGUGACAGCACUUCCAGAGGAGCCAAGAAGCUCUAGUGCUACUUCCAAUUCUACUUCCUCUUCUACGGGCGCAUCGGGCUCCAAGAAGCCUUCCAAGAAAACUCGCACAAGCGGGAAACUUGGACGCGGCGGUUAUGCUGGUGCUUCGUUUGCCACAAGCUUACCCUCAAUUACAAACCUUCCCAAACCAAGCUUUACUUGA